AUGGAGUCUCACGAGAUGUUCUCGGUCAAGACUCCUCAAGUCAACGUUCAAGACGAGAAGAGAGAGCAAGCGCCGUAUUAUGGCGGUCAAAGGACCGAGGGAACUAAGAACACAUCGACAAGAGUUCGAAGGAUCUUCAGCUUCGCUCAGAUUUUCUUCUUCGCGCUCAGCUACAUGUCGUCUUGGGAGGCCAUUGCAUCAAACAUCGCAUACUUCUUCUGGAAUGGCGGACCUCGCUCUCUUUCGUUGGGCUAUUUGGUCGUCAUCUCCGGUGUGCUGUGCCAGGUCGCAUCCAUGGCUGAAAUGGCUUCGGUCCAGCCCAUUGCAGGUGCGCAGUACCAUUGGACUCACUACCUCGCGCCUCCGACCCAGCGACGCUUCAUCACCUGGAUGCAAGGCUGGAUUACCUGGUUCUCGUGGAUCUCGCUCCUGGCUGGCGUAGCCAACAUCGCUGCUCUCAUGAUCCAGGCACUGGUCAUUGCCAACUAUCCAACGUACAUUCCACACGGAUGGCAUGUGACCUUGAUCAUCUACGCCUUGCUCCUUGUCCAAGGAUUGAUGAAUCAGUACGCUUUCUGGACCAUUCCCUGGAUCGAGCUGCUCUCUGGUCUCCUGCACGUCAUCAUGUGGGUGGUCUUCGUUGCCGUGUUGGUCACGUUCGCCUCUCGCCACUCGGCCGAGUUUGUCUUCCUGGAGAAGUCGGCGCUCUCCGGCUGGAACAACGAGUAUGUCUCGUUCAACCUCGGUAUGCUUACUGCCACCUGGGGGUUCGUGGGGUUCGAUGGAGCAGUCCAUAUGUCUGAAGAAGUGCGAAAGGCGCGACAUGCGGUGCCGAGAGCCAUGUUCUGGAGUAUUGUCAUGAACGGGGCGCUCGCGUACGGAAUGGUGAUCGUCUUCCUCUUCUGCGCCGGAGACGUCGACGAUCUUCUCUCCUCGGGCUAUCCUCUGCUGCUCAUCUGCAUCAACGCGACGCAGUCCACAAGGGCCGGCUCGGCAAUGGUGGGUCUGUCGAUGAUCGUCACUCUGGCCUGCUGUCUGGGCAGUAUCGCGUCCGCAUCCCGAUUGACGUGGGCCUGGUCUCGCGAUGGAGCACUGCCUGCCUAUUUCUCAUACAUCGACCCGAAGCACCGCAUCCCCGUCCGCUCGGUCUGGCUGCCCAUCUUCAUCGUCAUGCUGCUGGCGCUCCUCAACGUCGGUAGCAGCAUUGCCUUCAACGUUAUCGUGGCGCUGUCGACCCUCGGCCUGUACCAAUCCUACCUCAUGGCGAUUGCCUGCAUGAUAUGGGCCCGAUAUCGGGGGAGGGUGGAGCCCCCGGGCUGGUCUCUGGGACGUUGGGGUGUCUACAUCAACGUCUUUGCCGUCGUCUACUCGGCAUACAUCAUGGUCUUCCUCUGUUUUCCGUCCUUCCUCCCUAUCAACGGCUCAGAUAUGAACUAUGCUCUCCCAAUCAACGCCUUUGUCCAGCUCGUUGCGUUGGCUCUGUGGUUCUUAUGGGGCAAGCGGAACUGGAAAGGUCUCAACAAGGACGUCGUCGAUGCUGUGGUGGCCGACUCGGAUCGGAAUACUAAGGAUUAG